UUGCCAGAGAAAUUACAACGAGCUGACAGGAGAUAAAGAAAUGAUGGAGAAAGAGGAUAGUGAGGAGAAAGAGAUCAGCGAAAGGCCAAAAUGGGACAAUAAAGUCCAAUAUCUGCUCACCUGCAUAGGUUUUGCAGUGGGACUGGGAAAUGUGUGGAGAUUUCCAUAUUUGUGUCAAACCUAUGGUGGAGGUGCAUUUCUGAUUCCUUACCUCAUUGCCUUGGUGCUGGAGGGACUUCCUCUGCUCCACAUGGAACUGGCCAUCGGACAGCGACUCCGUCUGGGAAGUGUUGGAGUGUGGAAUUCAAUCUCACCAUACAUGGGAGGUCUAGGUGUGGCUUCCAUGAUGGUGUCCUUCCUGGUUGGUAUGUUCUACAACAUGAUCUUGGCCUGGAUCCUCUGGUACUUCUUCCACUCCUUUCAGAAUCCACUGCCCUGGAGGGACUGCCCAGUAAACCUGAAUCAUACUGCUUAUAUAAGUGAAUGUGAGAAGAGCUCAUCUGUGAAUUACUUCUGGUAUCGCGAGACGCUGAACAUAACGCCCAACAUCCAGACCAGCGGAUCCUUGGAGUGGUGGCUGGUGUUAUGUCUUGCAUCUGCUUGGUGCUUCGUGUACAUCGGCUUUGUUCGUGGAAUUGAGUCUAUUGGAAAGGCUAUUUACGCCACUGUCACCUUCCCAUAUCUUGUUUUGACCAUCUUCCUGAUCAGAGCCUUGACUCUGCCUGGAGCAACUGACGGCUUAGUUUAUCUCUUCACUCCAAAUUGGAACACCUUGAAAAAUCCUGAGGUCUGGUUGGAUGCUGCUACUCAGAUCUUCUUCUCCUUGUCGUUAGCCUUUGGGGGACUUAUUGCUUUUUCUAGCUAUAAUCCUCAGAAGAAUAAUUGCGAGAGUGAUGCCCUGAUCGUUGGCUGUGUGAACAGUUUUACGUCAAUAUAUGCAUCAAUUCCUAUUUUUGCCAUUCUUGGAUUUAAAGCUAAUGAAAACUACAACACCUGCCAAAACUGGAACAUAUUACAAUUGACAAAUGCAUUCAACAUUGGAGAUGAAAACAUAACUGUUGAAAACUAUCAAGAUUGGUUUAACCAUCUGAAUGCAACUGAUCCAUCAGAGGUCGAAAGCCUCGAUUUGAAGACCUGCGAUCUACAUACUUUCCUGGAACAGAGCGCCUCAGGAACCGGACUGGCCUUUAUCGUGUUCACUGAAGCUGUGAUAAACAUGCCGGGAUCGCAGGUCUGGGCGGUGCUCUUCUUCAUCAUGCUCUUCUGCCUGGGUCUGUCCUCCAUGUUUGGGAAUCUUCAGGGAGUUCUGACUCCUCUGAUGGAUCUGCACCUGAUUCCAACCUGGAUGCCGAAGGAAAUUUUCACAGGGUUAAUCUGCCUCGUCGCCUUCACCAUCUCCCUCAUCUUCACAUUGGGCUCCGGAAACUACUGGCUGGAGAUUUUCAACAACUAUGUGGGCUCCAUGCCUCUGCUCAUCAUAGCCUUCUUUGAGAUCAUCACAGUGGUGUACAUCUAUGGAAUAAACAGGUUUAACGAUGACAUUGAGUGGAUGUCAGGACGGAGACCGAACAUCUACUGGCAGGCGACGUGGCGUUUUAUCAGCCCCCUCUUGCUUUUGGUCGUUUCUGUGGCUUACGUUGUGAUGCAGGCUGAGAAAUCGCCAACGUACAGCACCUGGAACCCAGAUUACAUGUACUUCCCCCUUGCUGAAGUUUUGCCCUAUCCUGGAUGGGUUGUUGCUAUCUGUGGGCUCCUAUCUGCCAUUCCUGUCAUCUCCAUCCCUCUCGUGGCUCUCUACAGAUUCGUAGGCUUCUUGAAGAAUUACAUCAAGACGAGGCAUAAUCAAAAUCCGUAUGCAAAUGAAGUUUCCAAUGGGGACUUGUAAAUGGAAAUGUUAAGCUGCUUUAUCUGAUCAUGAUCACCAGUGGUGCUGUCAUUUAAUAACUUCUUAUUGUGUAUAUUCAUGGGGAAACAGAAAGAUUUUACUGAGUAGUUUGAUGUUUUUUCCCCCCAUCUUUUAUAUUAAACUGACAUUUAGUAUAAACUACAAUAUGAUCACUAGUACAGCAUUCUGGAAGUUGCAGCUAUAAUUUCAGUUACUUCCCAAAUGAAAUCAUUAAUUUGGUCUUAAUUUAGUGUGUUCAUACAGGUAUGAAAAACGCAGACAGCGUCAGCCGGAUCAAAUCAAUGCAGGACAAUAUCCCUGAGAAGAAUACGAAUCACCACCGGCUGGAACUGAAUGUCACAGUUGUGCUGUUAUUUGAUUAAAAGAAGACAACAGUUAAUUUCCGGUGUUGAUGUUUUGAAUGGGAACAAGUGGAGCGUGAUGGAUAAGCUGUCCGAAUGGUUUGUGAUAAGCAAAUUAUUCAUUUUGAUUUUUCAGUUAAGAACAUUAAUAAAAAUAUCUGUACAAGCAA